AAUGUAGCCAGUCUUUCGAAAUGUCAUGUCAGUCAGCCAUGUUUAUUUCUAUAGAAUGUGUUUUGAAAUGGUGGUAGUGAUAAAGAACAACAUAUUAGUGAAAAUAUUUUCAUAAUUUACUUGUUAACUGUAGUGUUUUAGUGAAGCUUCAAUGUGUUUUUUUGUGUAAGUGUGGAUUCUAUUGCCGUGAAAAUGAAUUGGGGUAUUGAGCUUUGGGAUCAGUAUGAUAACUUAGCCGCCCAUACACAUAAAGGAAUUGAUUUUUUAGACAAAUAUGGAAACUUCGUAAAGGAGAGGUGUGCUAUUGAAUUAGAAUAUGCAGGAAAACUCAGGAGGCUCGUUAAAAACUAUCAACCAAAAAGAAAAGAAGAAGAUGAAUACCAGUAUACGGCGUGUAAAGCAUUUAAACAAUUACUUCAAGAGUUAAACGAUUUUGCGGGACAACGAGAAGUAGUCGCGGAAAACCUACAAUCAAAUGUAGUACGAGAGUUGCAUCUACUCGCCAAAGAGCUGCGAGAAGAAAGGAAGCAACAUUUAAACGAAGGUGCAAAACAAAUGGGAGUGUUGAACUCAUCGAUAGGUUCUUUGGAGCGAGCGCGGAGAUCGUACGAGCGAGCGGCCAGGGAAUCCGAGCGAGCACUAGAGACCUUCCAAAAGGCAGACGCCGACCUUAAUCUGAGUCGAGCGGAGGUGGAAAAACAGAAAGCCAACAUGAAAAUCCGGAGUCAGGCGUGCGAAGACGCGAAACAGGAGUACAUGGAUCAACUACGUAAAACAAAUGAAGCGCAAAGGCAGCAUUACGAACAGCGACUGCCGCAUGUCUUCAAACAGUUACAGGACUUAGACGAGAAGCGGAUAAAAAAUAUUAAGAACUUCAUGUUGAGUUCUGUGGACGUGGAAAGAAAGGUGUUUCCGAUAAUUAUGCAGUGCCUUGACGGCAUGGAGACGGCGGCAAAUAGUAUUAAUGAAAAAGAGGACACAAAAUUAGUGAUAGACAGGUAUAAGUCAGGGUUCGUGCCUCCUGAAGACUUCCAAUUCGAGACGGCUUCGGGGGCAGAUACCACGGACGCAGCGAACACACACCACCACCCACACAACCAUCUGACCGCGGCGCGGGGAACCGUCUCCGGCACGAAGAUCAAGAAACGAGUUGGCUUACUAUCCAUCUUCAGCUCCAACAAGAAGAUUGUCGAGGCCUGCAAUUCUAUCAAGAAUAACAUGUCUAUGGAUGGAAAGGAGGAUUAUUCAGACUUGCCACCGAACCAGAAGAAAAAUAAACUUCAAGCAAAAGUUAUGGAGUUGAGUAAGCAGGUGGCUCAAGAGCAAGCAGCGAUGGAAGGUCUCAUGAAAAUGAAAGGAGUAUACGAAACGAGCCCCGCGCUCGGUGAUCCUAUGACUGUCGAAGGUCAACUGAACGAAUGCUGCGACAAGCUGAAGAAGCUUCGCGCUCAGUUGAACAAGUUCGAGAAGCUUCUAGCGGAGGCCAACAGUCAGGUGGGGGCGCCACCUCUGCACCCCACCGCCAGGACCAAUGGCACCCAGCCGUCUACACAGGCCACUAGUAUCGGGUCGAACAGCGAGUCUCUAUCGCGGUCGGCUUCGGAGUCUUCAGUGAGCACGGGCACGGGCACGGGCGGCGCCGGGGCUCGCGCGGCCGGCGGCUCGCCCGAGUCGGGGCUCGGCGGCGAGCUCGCGCCCGCGCACAGCGACCACGCCAACGGCGACCACGACCACGACCAGGAGCACGAGGAUAAUGACCAUGAGUCGGACUUUGAUUAUUAUUACUGCGAGCCUGAUUUGCAGCCCGUUGGGUAUUGUAAGGCGUUGUACGCUUUUGAAGGUAUCGGCAGCGGUUCCACAAUGAAGAUGGAGUGCGGCGAGCGGCUGCUGGUGCUGGAGACGGACGCGGGCGACGGCUGGACGCGCGUGCGGCGCCAGCUGACGCGCGAGGAGGGCUUCGUGCCCACCACCUAUAUCGCCACCACGCUUUACGCUGAUGCCAAUGCGCACUAGCUGAUAUGACGUACCCCACGCGAACAGUCGUGCCUGUGCCGGCCGGCGCCGCUGCGCUCGCUCGCUCGCACGUGCAUACGUUAAUGUUUUGUGGCCUAUAUAGUAACAAGUAUUUUUGCUAUAAUUUAUCGUAUCGAAAAUGUUCGCAUUAUUUUUUUAUCGUGUUCUUUCUAUUCCGAUUGUUAUCCUGGCGUAGGCCACCAUUGAACAAAAACGGAAACAUUCCAUGAUCUUAUUUAUUGUGUAUAUUGUUGGUUAUAUAGCAUACAUAUUUUCAUGUAUGAAGUAUACCGUAAUAGCGUAAUGUUAAUUGUAAUGUGGUGUAACACAUCUAGAUCUUCAUUGUGCCAGCUGUUUACGUAAUAAGUUUAUAUUUCGUACUUAUGAUAGUUGUAAUCUUGCUUUUAUGUUAUUUGCCAUUGAGUAUUUGAAAUUAUAGCAAAAAUAGAUAAAGCGUAGGUGUUAUGAAAUGUGUAAAAUAUGUAAACUUAGACUUAACUUCAAAUGCUAUCGACAUAUUAUAAUGAUUUAUGAAUAACAUGUAAUAUGGAAUCCUGUGUCAACUAUCACACGCGAUGUAUUGUAUAAUACUUACUUUAAUUGAAUUUUAUAUAGGAUAAUAUUAUCUAAUAAAGCUAGCUAAAAGUCACGAUUAGCCGAUGUUAUUUUCUGAAUAUACGCUGUUUGCGAGAACGUAUAUAUAGUUCAUGUAUUUAUAUUUAGGUGAGAUGAUGUAUGAGAGUGAAGCAUACAAGUUUUCUACAAAUAUAAAAUUAUGCGACGAUUACAACAA